AUGGCUUCGCACAGUGAUACUCUGGUGGUGUUCUUUGGGGCAACAGCUGGUGCAAAUGGGGGUAAACUGGGUUCGGAUGAGAGGGAAAUAAUUCUCUUGGUGUGGCAAAUUGUGGAUCUACAUGAGAAAAAGGUCGGGGAGCUUCAUAGAUGUGUUGUGAAGCCAGACUCUGUGGAGCUGACAGACCAGUGUAAAGAGGACACAGGGCUGACUGUGGAAGACUUCAUCAAAGCUGAGCCUCUGGACAAAGUCCUGCAACAGUUCCAGCAGUCGGUGUCAUCAGAAGUGAAAUGCCUCGGCAGAAGCUCUUUCACCCUUUGUGUCGACAGUCCCCUCGUCAUCCGACAGGCCCUCCACCCCGAAGCUUCCAAAAAGAAUCUUGUCCUUCCUGAGUGUUUCUUUUCAUUUGUGGACGUGAAGAAGGAGUUUCACAAAUGCUGCCCCAAUGCCAGCGCUGCGCAGAGGCUCACACUCGCCUCCAUGUUGGAAUAUGUUGGUCUUCCUGCCGCAUCGGAAGAGUUGAUGGGGGCGAGGGAGGUAAGCAGCAUGGUGCAGCUGACACUCCACGUCCUGGCUGAGCCCUACAACCACAAGUUCUCCUGUGUUGAAACAGUGAAGUACAAGUUUGACUCCGGCACAUGCAGCAAGACGGAGCCGGUGGACAGUGAGACGGUGAUCAGAGCACGUGGUCUUCCAUGGCAGUCUUCAGACCAGGACAUUGCUCGCUUCUUCAAAGGCCUCAGUAUUGCCAAGGGUGGUGUGGCUCUGUGUCUUAAUGCUCAAGGCAGGAGGAACGGCGAGGCCUUAGUUCGUUUCAUCAACUCAGAGCACAGGGACCUGGCCCUGGAGCGCCACAAGCACCACAUGGGCAGCCGCUACAUCGAGGUCUACAAGGCCACAGGAGAGGAAUUCCUCAAGAUUGCUGGAGGUACAUCUAACGAGGUGGCCCAGUUCCUGUCCAAAGAGAACCAGGUGAUUAUCCGUAUGCGGGGGUUGCCGUUUACUGCCACACCCCAGGAAGUGCUGUCCUUCCUUGGUCCUGAGAGCCCAGUUACAGACGGCGCUGAGGGUCUGCUCUUUGUCAAGUAUCCUGACGGACGGCCCACUGGCGAUGCCUUUGUGCUCUUCUCUUGUGAAGAGUACGCCCAGAACGCCCAGAAGAAGCACAAGCAGAUCCUGGGGAAGCGCUAUAUCGAGCUGUUUCGGAGUACUGCGGCCGAGGUGCAACAGGUCCUGAACCGCUAUAUGUCCGCACCUCUGAUCUCCACACUGCCCCCUUCACCCAUCGUGCCCGUCCCGGUCCUCGCCACGGCUCCCUACCUUCCAGCGGCCAGCAGCACUCGCGACUGCGUCCGCCUCCGCGGCCUGCCCUACACCGCCGGCAUUGAAGAUAUCCUGGAGUUCAUGGGGGAGCACACCGUUGACAUCAAACCCCAUGGAGUCCACAUGGUCCUCAACCAGCAGGGUCGACCCUCCGGCGACGCUUUCAUCCAGAUGAAAUCACCUGACAAGUCGUUUAUGGUGGCCCAGAAGUGCCAUAAAAAGACCAUGAAGGACCGUUACGUGGAGGUUUUCCAGUGCUCCACAGAGGAGAUGAGCAUCGUGCUGAUGGGAGGAACCCUGAACCGCAGCGGCCUCUCCCCUCCACCCUGCAAGCUGCCCUGUCUGUCUCCCCCCACGGCCUACUCUGCCUUCCCCACCCCGCCUGCCAUGCUCUCCGAGGCGGCCCUCUACCAGCCCCCCCUGCUGGCUGCUCCCAGACCACAUCAGACCGUCACACACAGCCCUGCUCACGCUCUGGCCUACUACCCUCCUCAGCCACAUAUGUACAUGAAUAUGAACAUGAACUACACAGCUUACUACCCCAGCCCCCCAGUUUCUCCUUCCACAGUUAGCUACUUCGCAGCUCCACCGGGAUCAAUGGCAGCAGCAGUCGCAGCCCAAGCCCAACCCCACCCUGCUGCAGCCGCCGCCUCCUCUGUGCUGUCUCAACCUGGCGCCCUGGUCAGGAUGCAGGGCCUGCCCUACAACGCCGGAGUCAAGGACAUCCUCAGCUUCUUCCAGGGAUACCAGCUCCAGCCAGAAGCCGUUCUCAUCUUGUACAACUUCAGCGGCCAGUGCAGCGGCGAGGCCUUGAUCACCUUCCACAGUGAGGAGAUCGCCAGGCGUGCCGUAGCCGAGCGCUCCACCCACCCCUUCUACGGCCAGCAGAUCCGCUUGGUGUUAUGUAACUGACCACUAGCCCUUCAUCUCUCCUCCUCCUCCUGUAAUUUAACCUCCCAUUGAAGAGCACUCGCCUCCCAAAUGCAUGUCAUUCAGCAACAGCUUUUCCAUUUGACCCAAGUGCCACUUAAAACAGCUAUUGAACCUCUCCCUUUCCCAUGAUGAUGCAAUUAUUAAAACACAACAGGCACUGCUGGCUGUGACACUCCUGAAGCUGCAUGUUGAGAGUUUGGACAUCUACUGGUGAAGCAGCUGAAGUCAGUAAAGCUUCAUGUUAGGGCUAAUGACGUGGAUGUCACGCAUUAGCAUUUCUGUGUAUUUGCGCCUACUGUAAUAGCUGGUUGUGGAGACUAGAUGGUGUGGAGCCUGGACCAAUAUGCAUGUAUGAUUAAAUGCUCUAUAUAUGUGUCGUUGUCCCCCCAGCCCCCUCUAAACAACUGUACAGAUGUUCAUCCUGAAAUGCUUGAGGCUGUACAAACCACUUCUGCGCACAAUCUUUUUCUGUAUAUUUCUAAAUUUUCACUCUUAACCACUAUAAGACUUUUCAGAGUUUAUGAUCUUUUGUGUUAGCUCUAUGCAAACACACGUGUGUGUGUGUAUGUGCAUGCACAGUGUUUAUUGAGUUGAUGGCCUCCAGCAGUGUAGUGGUGGCAUUAAAAAGAGAGAAAGAAGCCAUAAAGUCUGACUUAAGACUACUGAAACAACAGCGGGAAUAUAAAACUGUACUUCAACUGUCAUGGAUUCAUUUGAACUAACUUUGAGCUGCAGCGACUAUUAGUUAAAACUACAGCAACAUCACAGAUGUGCCAGUGCAUCAUUUAAUUUGUAACUUUAUUUUUCUCUGUAAAAAGCAUUUAUGUGACAUAGUUUGUCAUCCCGUUAAGACCUUAUCCAAGCACUACAGAUUUAUUUGCUCCAAUCUGAGAGUUAAGUGACUCUUUAACAGAGUAGAAUGAGAAAUUGAUUCUAUUUUUAUUAAUCCCAUUUCCUUACAAAGUGUUUUGAGAUUUUGUUAUGAAAUAUACGGACAGAGGCGUACCUUGAAGCCUUUCAUAAUGAUUGACCUCAGCUACUAGAUCUCUUACGUUUUGGUUUCCAGACUAUUUAUAACGAUCAGUAUGUAGCUGCUUUAAUUCCUGCUUAUGACCGGAGUACUGUGUAAAAGCUGCAUGAGUUUUUCCUGUGACAGGCCUGCUGACAGCUGUCUUAGUCUUCUCCCCCCCCCCCCUCUUUACCAUGCCUACAUUACCCAGAGUGCAAUACUGGCCCAAACAGGUCUAGGUCAACCUCUGGUGGUAGAGGAGAUAUUUGUUUCUUUUGUUGCAAGUUUGAUACUUGUAUGAAUUUAGAUCUGUGUAUAAGACUAAAAAAAUAAAUACUGUUGACAAUG